CGAAGGCAGACGCAGCCAUUUAAUUGGGAUUACUUUAAAAUCAUUAAUUUAAACAUCCAAACGUUUUUAUUUUGACCGUACCUUUGUUGACUAGAAAUGCGAUAUGAAUGUACAUUUUUGUCAUUUUCAAUAGCCUAUGACAAAUCAAAUGCGCUCCCAUCGUCCGCCAGGCAGACACAUGGAAUGUGGACCUUCACCGGACAACAACACAGACUGGCUGCAAAUUACUGGGUGCUGGAUGUAAUGGAGAAAGGACAAAUGAGUCUGUUAUGUAGAAAGGAUCCUCACAGCUCCCUGUAAGUGGGACAGAGACAUCCACCAGGACGGACGAGAGGAGGGCUGCCUGAGGCGGAAGAGUGGCAUCGGUCGGUGAGAGAGAAGGGGUAGAGAAUCACCCUAGCACCCCGCCCCUAGAAUCACAGAGCUGGAGGCAUGUCUAACCAGACCCAGAUCUUUGGCAUUGAUGGACCAGGCAGCCUGCUGGCAGUGUUGGCUUCACAAAGGGCCAGCAGCAUCAGCACCAGCAGCAGUGAAGGAAUCUCGGCUGCAGCUGUGUCCGCCUACAUCAAGCUGGUGUUCCUGGGCCUGAUCCUCUGUGUUAGCCUGGUGGGCAACCUGCUGGUGUCUCUGCUGGUCCUCCGAGACCGGGCCCUCCACAAGGCCCCCUACUUCUUCCUGCUGGACCUGUGCCUGGCUGAUGUUGUCCGCUCUGCUGCCUGCUUCCCCUUCGUCCUGGUGUCUGUCCACAACAGCUCCGCGUGGACCUACAGUACCUUCAGCUGCAAGCUGGUGGCCUUCCUGGCUGUGCUCUUCUGUUUUCACGCUGCCUUCAUGCUGUUCUGUGUGGCUGUGACUCGCUACCUGGCCAUUGCCCAUCACCGUUUUUACACCAAGCGCAUGACAGUCUGGACCUGCGCUGCCAUCAUCUGCAUGGUGUGGACUCUGGCCAUCGCCAUGGCAUCGCCACCCGUCUUUGACGUGGGGACGUACAAGUUCAUUCAAGACGAGGACCAGUGCAUUUUUGAGCACCGCUACCUUAAGACCAAUGACACUCUGGGCUUCAUGCUCAUGCUGGCCGUCGUGGUCCUGGCCACUCACGGUUUCUACGCCAAACUCCUGCUGUUUGAAUACAAGCACCGCAAGAUGAAGCCUGUCCAGCUAGUGCCGGCCAUCAGCCAGAACUGGACCUUUCAUGGACCAGGAGCCACGGGCCAGGCAGCGGCCAACUGGAUCGCAGGCUUCGGCCGGGGCCCAAUGCCCCCCACCCUGCUUGGCAUCAGGCAGACUUUGCACAACCAGCAGCAUCGGCGUCUGAUGGGCAUGGAGGAGGUGAGGACGGAAAGGAGGCUGGGCAGGAUGUUUUACAUCGUCACCCUGCUGUUCCUGGUGCUCUGGGCUCCCUACAUAAUGGCCUGCUUCUGGAGGGUGUUUGUCAAGUCCUGCUCCAUCCCACACAGGUACCUCUCCAUCACAGUGUGGAUGAGCUUCGCCCAGGCAGGGGUCAACCCCAUCAUCUGCCUCCUUCUCAAUGAGGACUUGAGGAAAGUGCUGAGGGCCCACCUGCCCACCUACAGCAGGACUAGACAACACCAACAGCUGCACCGCCAUGAGCUGUUGGUGUUCACCAUCACAUGAUGCACUACUGCAGGGGUGUCAAACAUACGGCCC